AUGAGCGCUCCGAUCAGAGUUCUUGUCACUGGCGCUGCUGGACAAAUCGGCUACUCGCUGGUCCUACAGAUCGCCAAAGGAGAUGUCUUCGGCAAGGAAACUGUAAGCUGAAAAAAUUAUCAACUUUCCUCCGGAGUUGGACGAUUGGGGAAAUCGAAAAGUAUUAUUUUUCUUCGAUGCAAGUGUGAAAUUAGGAUAAUCGAGGGUGCUGAUUUUGAAAAUGACAUUCAUUUUGUUAUUUUUUUGAUCUUUACUUUUUUAAGUAGUACUGUAAAGUCUUUUUUUUCAUAAAUACUCGAUUUAGGGGGUUUUCGAUGGUGCUGAUUUCAAAAAUCUUAUUAAUUUUUUCUGAUUUGAAAGCAGUACCAUCGAAACCCCCCAAAUCGAGUAUUCAUGAAAAAAAUUCAAAAAAUUACAACUUUACAGUACUACUUAAAAAAAGUAAGGAUCAAAAAAAUGAAUGUCAUUUUCGAAAUCACCACCCUCGAUUAUCCUAAUUUCGACACUUGCAUCGAAGAAAAAUGAUACUUUUCGGUUUCUCCAAUCGUCCCAGUUCCAUUUCCCUCAUGGAUAACAUAAUUUUUGACGUAUUUUUUAAAAAUUUUAGCCCAUCACCCUGGUCUUGUUGGAUAUUGCCCCAAUGCUCGAGGUCCUCAGAGGAGUGGAAUUCGAACUCACCGACUGCGCGUUGGACAUCCUGAAGGGAGUGGAGAUCUGCACCACCGAGGAAGCCGCUUUCAAGGACAUUGACUACGCAUUCUUGGUUGGAGCCAUGCCAAGACGCGAAGGAAUGGAGCGCAAGGACUUGUUGGCCGCUAAUGUGAAGAUCUUCAAGUCGCAGGGAAAGGCGUUGGCCACUUAUGCGAAGCCGACCACUAAGGUGAGGAUCAGUAAGGAAAACUGAAAUAAGUUUGGGAAACGGGGAGUUGGACGGAUGAUUUUUUGUUGAUUUCGGUUGGAGUAGGUGUUAUUUUACACUGGCGUUUCUAAAUUUUGUUUGUGCUUGGAUUAUCAUGCUAUUUUGGACCUUAUUUUAGUCACCUCUUGGCAUAAGUAAUCUACGGUCAAGAGACAUAAAAUAAAAAGAUUUUGAUAAAAAAUUUUGGAUGAUUGGGAUGACCAUGGCUUAUUUUACUUUGCAUUUUUUAAUUUGAUUGUUAGAGCCUAUAUUUUUCGCACAUUCGACCUUAUUUUAGUGUCCUCUAGGUCUAAUGCUAAGAUAAGGUGGGAAAGAAGAGGAUAUGGUGGAUUUAGGUAAAAUUUGUGUUUCAUGUGGAAAGUAACGCCCCCUGCUUACAUGAAAACAUAAAUUUGACCGAAUAUUUCAUUACUUUGGACCUUAUUUUAUGCUUGAAGCUCUAAAAAGCAAAAGUUUGAUAUCACUGUUGAUUUUUUUUUUCUUUCAGGUCCUUGUUGUCGGAAACCCCGCCAACACCAAUGCUCUGAUUGCCGCCAAAUACGCGGAAGGAAAGAUCCCCGCUCGCAACUUCUCCGCCAUGACCCGCCUCGACCACAACCGUGCCUUGGCCCAAGUCGCCCUCCGUUCCGGGGUCUCCGCCGCCGCCGUGAAGAAUGUGAUCAUUUGGGGAAAUCACUCAUCCACUCAGUUCCCCGAUGUCAAGCACGCCAAAGUCAACAAGAGUAGGUUGUGGAGGGCCAGUGUAAGGUGUUGAUUUAGACGGACAAACCCUUGAUGCCUACACUGCCGUUGGAGACGAGGCCUGGCUCAGAGGAGACUUCAUUUCAGUGAGUUUUGAGGGGAUUUGGGGUGGAGAUUUUGCAAUGGAGAUUAGAAAUAGAGUGGCGGACCUGAUCCAGUGGCAAAAAUGUAUCAUUUUGCAUCCGGGAAGUAUCAAAAAAUGUGGCAAAAUACCUCCCUCUCCAAGGGAAAACUCCGAUUUCAAAAGCGCGCCCUUCAAAAAGGAGUUUUUUAGUUGGAGAGGGAGCCAUUUUGCCACAUUUUUUGAUACUUCCCGGAUGCAAAAUGGUACGUUUUUUGUCACUGGAUCAGGUCCGUCACUGUAAGAUGAAAAAACGGUGAGAAUGUAAAGUGAAAUAAGGUUAUACAACCAAGUUUUAUGCCGUUUGGGUAGGAGUUUUACUGGUUUCUUUGGAAAUUUUCUUUUGAUCUCCUUCAUUUGCUGUUGUACCACCUUUUUAAAACCCAAUUUAUUGAUUUCUUCAGCUCGUCCAAAAGCGCGGAGCCGUCAUUAUCGAGAAGAGAAAGCUCUCUUCGGCCAUGUCCGCCGCCAAGGCCGCCUGCGACCACAUCCGCGACUGGCACUUUGGAACCACCGGCGACCAAUGGGUCUCCAUGGCCGUCCCCUCCGACGGCUCGUACGGCAUCCCCGAAGGCCUGAUCUUCUCCUUCCCCGUCACCAUCCAAAACGGCGAAUGGAAGAUUGUCCAAGGCCUGGAGCUGGACGCCUUCUCCAAGGAAAAAAUCGCCGCCACCACCAAGGAACUUGUCGCCGAACGAGAUGACGCCCUGGCCGCCUGUAACGAAGCCUAA